AUGGAGUUUUUAGCGACCUUUUUCGGGACAGUGCUGGGUGGCAUGGUGGAACCUGUUAAACGACAACUACACUACAUUCGCAACUACAGAAGCAAUGUUCAGAAGCUGCAAAGUCGUGUACAGGAUCUCCGUGAUCGAAAGACCAGCGUCAUGGCUCAAGUUGAAGAAGCUGAAAGAAAUGCUGAGAACAUUCACGAUCCUGUCACUACCUGGUUGACGAAGACAGAUGAGAAGAUUGAUGAAAUUCAGAAGUUCCUAACUAAUAAAGGCCAGAAGAGGACAAGGAGCUCCAGUGGUUCGUUUCCCAACCUAUAUUUGGGGCGUAAGCUUGGUAAACAAGCGCAGAAGAUGGUUCAACAGUGCGAUGAUCUGCUGGAAGAGUCAAACUUUCCUGCCUUUUCUUACCGUCCAGAGCCAGAAGCAUCAAAUGUUGCUCUUCAUGAUGAUGGUUAUGAGUCAUUUAAAUCAAGAGAUGCCAUUGUGGAGCAGGUUAUGAAAGCGCUGAGUGAUCCCAAAAUUAAAAUGAUUGGUAUCUAUGGACAAGGCGGUGUCGGCAAAACCACUUUAGUUAAAGCAAUUGCAAGGAAAGCUAAAUCAGAAAGGCUAUUUAAUGUUGUGGUUAUGGCGAAUAUUACAAAAGAAACUGAUGUAAGAAGGAUACAAGGAGAAAUAGCGGACAUGCUGGGCUUGAGAUUGGAUGAUGAGAGCAAGAAUGGACGAGCGGGUCAUUUGAAACAGAGAUUGAGGAAGGAGAAGGAGAACAUCUUAGUCAUCUUGGAUGAUCUUUGGCCUCGAUUUGACAUGAGUAUGUUGGGCAUUCCAUUGAAGAAUGAUGACAUCAACCAGAAAACAAUAGCUAAUAUGCCAAAUAUUAGUCACAACCAAUUGAAAGACAACAAGAUGGCGAGUGAUUCCAAAUGGUUCAAGAUUUUGUUGACUUCUCGACGCAAAGAGUUGCCGUUAGCAAUAGAAGCAGCUGGAAAAGCUUUGAAGAAUAGUAAGAACAAAGUCUUCUGGGGAAAUGCACUGCAACGAUUUGAAAGGCAAGAUAUGACUGAAGUAUUAGGACCGGUGGAGAUUUCUGUGAAGUUAAGUUAUGACUUCCUACUAAGUGAAGAGAAGUCUAUUUUCUUGCUUUGCGCUCACCUGGGUAAUGAUUCAUCAAUUAUGUAUUUGGUGAAAUAUUGCAUCGGGUUAAGCAUAUUUAAAGGAGUCAAUGCAAUAAAAGAAGCUCAAGAUAGAGCAAACGAAUCUAUAAAGAAGUUAAAAGACUCAAGCUUGUUGUUGGAUACUAAUUCUCCGGAUUGUGUUACUAUGCAUGAUAUGAUCCGUGAUGCUACCUUAAUUAUAGCGCACAAGGAGGAACAUUUUUUUACCCAGAGAUAUGUCAAACUUGAUGAAUGGCCUAGAAAGGAUAUAUUUGAAAAGUGCACUGUUAUCUCUUUGCAAUAUUGUGACAUCAUUGAUGGGAUUCCAGAAGAUGUAAAUUUCCCUCAACUCGAAGUCUUCCAUCUUGGUAGUAAAGAUCCUUCCAUGAAAAUACCAGACAAGCUUUUUGAAGGAAUGAAAGAAUUGAGAGCGUUAAUAUUGACAGGUAUUGAUCUAUCAAAGUUCCCUUCUUCGGUUAAAUGCCUAAUAAAGCUUAGAAUGCUUUGUUUGGAGCAAUGUGUGCUAGAUGACAACAUAUCCAUCAUUGGUGAGUUGAGGAGUUUAAGAAUUCUAAGCCUUUUGGGAUCUAAAUUUGAAUUAUUGCCAAGCGAAUUUACGCAAUUGAGCAAGCUACAAUUGUUUGACAUUAGUCUUUGUAGUAAACUUAAAGUGAUUCCAUCUAAUGUAAUAUCAAAGUUGAAUAAUUUGGAAGAGUUGUACAUGGGAAAAACCUUCAUCCAAUGGGGUGUUCAACGAAAAACAAAUCAUGAUGAAAUUGCUACCCUUGCCGAAUUGGAAUCUCUUCAACAGUUGAGAAGUCUUGAUAUGCACAUAGAAGAUAUUACUACUUUGCCCAGUAGCUUGGACUUUGACAAGUUGGAUAGCUAA